AUGGCGACGAUCGAACCCCCGUCCUUUCAGGAAGCGCUGCGCUGUGAUGUCUGCAAAUGCAGCUUCUCCACCUUUCGCCGCCGGCAUCAUUGCCGAUGCUGUGGCCGGACGUUAUGUGCCGAGCAUUCAUCGGAUCAAAUGGCCUUGCCACAGUUUGGUAUUCACACAAAUGUUCGUGUUUGUGCUGAUUGUUAUAAUGAUGGCUCGAGAUUAUGGAAGGAUAAUGUGCCACCGGCUCCAAAUGAAAUUAAUGCUGUAGGAGAUUCAAUUUCCAGAUUAGAUAUCAGUACAGUUUCAGAUGCCAAAUCUGAAGUUGGUGCUGCAAAAACUUCUUUUCCAGGCAUUUCCGAGUGCAAAUGUGGGAUGCCUUUGUGCAUUUGCGAAGCACCUGCUCAACCGAAAGUUACUGCACAACCGCAGCCAUCAAUCACUACUGCAAAUCCUCCACUUUACUCAAUCCCAAAGCAAAAAAAGACGGAACAAGCUUCUAGGAGUAGAGGUUCAACAUCAAACGGUUCACAAAGCACUUUUUUCUUUCCUGGUCAAGUUGCUAACAGUUCAGUGGAUAGAGCAUCCAUCAAUUACGAGGUCACUGAAGAGGGUUUGAGAGAAGCAAUAAAAAAUGGUGAUAUUGCUGCUGCUAAGAAACUUUUGGGUCAGGGAGUUGAUGCAAACUAUGGUGACAAGCAAGGCUCGUCUCUAUUGCAUUUG